AUGAGUUCAACUCCCCCACAACAUUCCUUAUCGUCAACCACAAGUGCCAACGAUGCACUCUCAUCAUCGCCUGUUCUGCCAACUCCCUCUUCCUCCUCAUCAGCCUCUGAAGUUACAAGGCAACUCAGACGUGAGCUCGAGCAGCAAAUUUCUGAAAAGGAAAAGCAACUGCAGGAUUCCACAAGUGGUAUUGGUAGAAGCGUGCUCGCUCGACAAAUCAGUCAACUCAAAGAGCGACUUCAGGAGAUGGAUCGUCGUCAACAACAACAAGCAGCAACAUCAUCAUCACCAAGCAACAACCAUCCAGCCAUGGUUGCAUCAUCAUCAUCAUCAACAACAACACAACGACAACCAGGUUCGCCAUUAAGGCGUGCUCAAUCACCAUCCUCAGUGUCUGGAGAUGAAGAUCUUUCCCCAACCACAUUGGAAAAGCUUCAAAAGCUAGAACGUGAUAUUGGAGCAUACCGCGCCCUAUCACCCAAUCUCAGCAGUAGCCUUCGGAAAGACAAGCUACGAACUGGUUUAGAUCCACUACCAAGCCCAUCCACUUCCACAAUGCUUCCUCCUGCCCAUGGUCAUGAUUCUACUUCACUAUUGCCAUUACCUCCUCCACCAACCGGGUCAACGCCGACAAAACGCCGAUCCAAGGUGCCUAAUACAGACCGCCGCAACACCGACAUUGAGUUUGCCACUGAGAUUGGUCAAGGCUUAUUGAUGGAAGUGAGGAAAAUGCAAUCCUUGUUACAAGAAAAGGAUGAUCAGCUCAAAGCUCUUCAAGCUGCCAAGGCCGAUUUGGAGCGUGCUGCUGAAUCCAUGGCAAAGCAAUUACGACAACGUGAAGAAAAUGAAGAAAAACUGAAGGAGGAAACAUGGAAUUUGGAACUUGCCAAGCAAGAGUUGACCAUCAGUGUAUCCGAGCUUCAACAAAAUCUCAAUCGUGCCAAUGCUGAACAAAAGCGUAUGCAAGAGCAUAUGGAUGAGCUUACAGGCGAGAUUGAGCAAUUGCGUGACAGCGAGGAAAAGUUGAGAUCGAGUCUUGAGACCAUGAAGCAAAGGCAUGAGCAAGAUAUGGGUACUUUGCGACGCCAUUCAGCAGGUCUACAACGUGAAAAGGCUGAUUUCAUCAAGCAAGUCGAAGCACUUUCAUCUGAAUUGGCCAUUGCCAAGGCUCAAAGUCGCAUUGCCAAGCGUAGCCAUUCCGAUCUUACGAAGGCAUCCAAUGCUGUGGGCAUGGCAACCAAUGCAAAUCAAGCACAAAGUGAGGACACAUCCGAUGUAUCCAAGGACAAUGCCAAUUCCAGCUCCGACAAUGGAUCUCAAUCACCCAAAUCAGCUGCUGGUGCACAUCCAAGAAAUCAGGCACUUGAAGUGGAGACCUUAAAGACAUCCUUGGCGCAUGCUCAUCGUAUGGUCAGCAAUCUUCGUUCAAGUUUGCACAAGGAGAAGACUGAAAAGUUCGAGUUCAAGAAGCUUUUGAGCGAGUCACAAGAAACCAUUGAGCAGCUACAAAAUGAUCCUCGUCUUUGGGUCGAUGCUGGUUAUCCCAAAUCGGGUUCGAGUGGCGGUGGUCCUCCUGAUUCAAAUGGAUCCAAUGCACGCCGUACUCGUAAAGGCAAACGACGCGUCCCUGUUUCAAAAACGCGUGUGGCAGCAGCACGUCCUACUCGUGGUGAUGGCGACUCUGAUAUUGAUGAGCGACGCAAACGAAAGGAUUCUCAGCUCACUUCCUCUUACUCGUUGACUUCUGGUGAAAGUGAAGAAGAUGAUGAUGACUAUUAUGAUGAAGAGGAUCUUACAGGAGAAGCAGCAGCUGCUGUUGGUGGUGCCAUUGCCGGUGCAGGCUUAGCCUCCCUAGGCUCUGAAUUAUCCAAAAGUCAACAACGUGAUGAGCAAGCAACAGCACGCUCUUUGGGUGAUGAGCUUAGCGCUGCUUUUGGUAGUAGUGCUCCUGCACCAACAAAAAGUGCCGAUGCAUUCAUGCAAACGGAUGCUGUCCCUGAAAAAGAACCUGUUCAACUCCAACAAAUGUCACUUGAGAGCUUUGGUAUUAGCCCUGUGGUUGGUCAAGAGAAGCAUGUACAAUGCGAACCACCCAAGGUUGUGGAUGCUGAAACACAAUCUCACAAGCCCGAAUACGUUGACAGCAGUGCACAACAUGAAGCCAUUCCCAUGGUUGAUAGUGCUGCACAAUGCGAUGUGGCAGUAACACAAGAUCAAGGUGUUCAAAGUGAAGGUGCCAAGACCCACGACGUCUUUGUUCAAUCCGAAGCCCCUGAAUCACAUGAUGUCUUUGUUCAAUCCGAUAUCCCUGAAGCACACGAUGCCUUUGUUCAAUCCGAAGCUCCCGAAUCACACGAUGUCUUUGUUCAAUCCGAUAUCCCUGAAGCACAUGAUGCCUUUGUUCAAUCCGAUGUACCAGAAGCACACGACAUUUCAGUACAAUACGAAGCUAUUCCAGGUGUCGAUAUGAGCACUCAAAUGGAAAUGCCUGAAUACAAGGAUAUCUCCAUUCAAUCCGAACCUGCUCAAGUCAAGGAUGGCUUUACGCAAUUUGAGGCGCCUGAGAUCAUUGAUAUGGGUGUACAACAUGAAGCUGCUGAAAUGGUCGAUUCCUUUGUGCAAGCGGAACCAGCUGAUGUGAAGGAUUCCAGUACUCAAAUGGAUGGUGUGGAGGCCAAGGAUAUGCACGUGCAGCAUGAGCCUGUUUUCGAGAGCAAGGAGGCAUUUGUGCAAUGUGAUCCUGCCAAUGUCAAGGAUAGUUCAGUGCAACAUGAGCCCAUUGUUGAAGCCAAGGACAUGUUUGUGCAACAUGAGCCUGUUGUCGAAUACAAGGACAGCUCAAUGCAAUCAGAUGCUGCCAGCAUGAAAGAUUCAUCGGUGCAAUCCGAAGAGACCGUUACCAAGGAUACCGGUGUACAAUACGAAUCAGCUGACAACACCUCCGAUGCCUCUGUUCAAGUGGAUCUUUUGACAGCAAGCAGUGCAUCAGUCCCAUCAACUACAGCUACUGAUGUAGGUGCAGCAAGUGGUGCCUUUGGAUUAGGUGCAUUGGCUGCAGCUGCAUUUGGCAAGCUUGGUGGUAGUGGUGCUUCCAAGGUCAUGGAUACUCCUGCUGAUCGUGAGAUCAAAUCAUCUUCUUCUCAAGAGCGUGGGAUUAAAUCGCCUUCUCAUGAAGCAGCAGCUAGUGAGCAACUUUACAAUGCACCCGCUGAUAUGGCCGUACCUGAAAAUGCCAUUGAUGAACACUUGAAGGAUGCUUCAGCUGACGAUGUCAUUGCCAAUCAACUCAAGGAUGUGCCUGUUGUCAAGCAAAGCCUUGCUGUACCAGAACAACCUAUCGACAACAACAACAACGACGACGUUGCCAAGGAUACACAAGCUGAGGAUGUUGAUAACAACAAACCUUUGGAAGAUGUUGAACCUACCAACGCUAUGCAAGAUGAGCCUUCGAGACAUGCCAAGGAUGAGCAAGAUGAUGUUGUGAGCUCGCACCAGCAACCCCUUGCAGACUCUGCUACUGAUUUGCCAAGCCAAAACGAUGAUCAAGAUGCCAAGGUGUAUAGCAAGGCUGAGACGGAUGCACUUAUUGCUGCAGCUGUUAGUGAAGCCAUUGCCAAGGCCCAGCAGCAGCAACAACAACAACAACAAAGCAAUGGCACAGUCCCUGGUUCACGUGAAAUCCGCAACAAGCCCAGCUUAGCUGAUUUAGCAAAUGGUGCCAUCAUCCAACAACAACAGCAACAGCAAGAGAAUGAGAUUCCAGCUCGACCUGUUAGUCCACCCCCUGCUCAUCUUUUAUCACGUGUUGCACAACAAUCACCAACACCUUCAUUGUCCACUGGCUCUGUUAAUGAUAAAGGAAAGGCACCUGCUCGAAGCAUUGGAUCCAUUGGUAGUGCAUCUCAACAAUUGCAGCAGCAACAACAACAUCGUCCACCUUCUCUUGUUUCCAGUGUGUCGACAUCCGAACCACGAGCAUCGAUUGGAUCAUCAGCCUAUGAUACAACAUCGCUUCGUGCUUAUGCUGAUCCACAACAAGUGGGAUUGAUUACACAAACCAUGAUUGGUGAUUGGAUGUGGAAGUACACUCGCAAGUCUGUGGGUGCAGGUUUAUCUGAAAAUCGUCACAAGCGCUUCUUUUGGAUCCAUCCUUAUACUCGUACCUUGUACUGGAGCACACGAGCACCAGGUACUCAUGGAAAUGAGAUGAAGGCUAAAAGCGCUUUGAUUGAGGGUGUCACGGCUGAGCCGGACUAUACGCAACCUCCUUCACCUGGUGUGCCCAAUGUUAGUCUUUUGGUCAAGACCACCAACCGUGUUAUCAAGUUGACGGCUCCUACCAUGGCACGACACCAAGUAUGGCUCGAGUCGUUGAGUUAUCUAUUAUCACGCCCAAGCAAUGGUGAUGCAUCAUCGUCGCUUUUAGACAGCAUUGAUAGGAGAACCAACGGCACAGCAUCCGUAUCCAGUCACCCUAUGAUGCGUAGACAACCCAGUGUACAAAACAUGUUCCGAUCAGCAACAGCCACGCAACACCGUGAUCUUGAUGAUGACGACGAUGAUGAUUUUGAAGAUGAGGCCAUUGAAGAUGUACGCAUGUGUUGUGAUGGCAAGCAUCAUGUGUCCAAACUUCAACGAGACCAUAUCCACCAUCGACCUUAUUAUCGUAAACGACAAAGUCGGCAAGCACAGCGUGCAUCCAACAAUAACACCAUUCGCACUUCCACUUCGACUCCCAUUCACAACAACCACCAACAACAGCAACGUGCAGCAGCAUAUUAA